AUGGUUGUAUUCACCUCUUCGUCAUCAAGAUGGAUUCCUACUCCUCUCAAAGCACUCUCAUACACAGAUAAUGUCAAUAUAUUUGAUAACCAAAGAUGGAGAACAAAUGCGAAUUCUCAAAUCGUUGUUGGCGAUGAAAUGACGAGCAACCAAGCUUUUUCUCAAUGCAACAGACCUAUGCAAAAUCUCACUCCCGACCUUUGCCAUAGCUCUGUCCAGGUUGUCAACCGCCCUCCCGCUACAAAUGCCAUCCAGGAUGUUCAGCCAGGCCCUGUUGACAACCCAAACAACAUUCAACAGUCCCUGCAACGCAUGAGAAUUGUGCCAGCUAAUACAAAGAUGGAAAACAAGCUUUCGCCGGUCACACUCGAACACAGCACAGAGACGGAACGCGUUUUCACUAUUUUCUCCUCCCUCCCUAAGGAAGUACAGCUCCAAAUAUGGAAAGAAGCAAUCCUCCAAGAUGACCUCUGUCAUGUCACCGAAGUGUUCUUCGUUUCAGAUUCAGAUACGGCACAACCAAAUCCUCGAUUCAUUCCAAACAGACAACCUUCUCCCCUCUUUCUCACCUGUCGAGCCUCACGUGAAGUGGCCCUCGAAGAAUUCAAUACUCUUUUUUUGCAAUACGGAUACAAAGACCUCCGAGCUCCAUCUAUACCUGUCUACUCUCGGUGCUUUGAUAUCAUAUAUCUCCAAUACAAGUCUGUAACUAAUCGCUCCCGCGACUUCACGCAAAAUGUUCUUGAUGCACCAUAUAUUGUCCUCAAUGCCGUCAAUCAAGGUAUCACGAAGCUUGCCGUCAAUCUAUGUUAUUGGUCCUGCCAGGCUUUGCUCAGAGAAUUCAAUAUCUUCAAGAAGCUCGAUCAUUUGUAUAUAGUGGUUGAAGAUCCAGACGGUGCUGAGCCGCAUCGUGACAACACAGGUUAUGUUCCUAAAGGAAGACAAUUGUUUAUGUGCAAAGAGCUUCCGGAGUCUAGAAAUAUUUCCUUGGAAGAAAGUCAGAUACUUCCUACAUUGAAACAAAUCUUUGCACAUAUGCAAAAGGACGACCCAGAAUGGGUGCCGCCGACUGUGGAGGUGGUGGGCAUGAGGGCAUUGUAGGAUAGUAAUGGAGAGGCGUUAACUGGAUAAUUUACGAUAGGCACACGGAUACAACGAUGGGCGUGCUCUGGUGCAAGAAAGUACCGAGUUCAACAUUUUGGGAUCAGCGAUUUACCAACCGAUGAUGAUGCAUUCUCAAAUUAUGCCAAGAUGUGAAAAAACCCAACUGUAAUUUUAAUCAGAGAAUUAAAUUUUUGAUAAUUU